AUGUACCGAACGGGGAGAAGGGCCACCUACCUGCUCUUUUUCCUCAUUAGCAGCCUUUUCAUUUGGGAGGAACAGAAUAGCAAACGGGUGAGUUCAUUUUCGGGGGGGUUGUCCCCCUUGGGGGUGAGGCGCACCUUCUUCAUCGGUGGGCCCCUGCAGAGGGAGGACCGGACAUGGGGAAGUGGCUCCCAACGGACCAGACAACCGCUUGACGGGGUGCAGAAAAAGCACCUCCAGGUGGACAGGGCGGUAGGCACUUCCAAGCGGGGUGCAGCGAAUGGCAGGCUGUUCUACAGUUUGGGGAGGCACCCCGUGGAACAAAGGUCCGAAAAUGGGGAAACAUAUGAACGGUUAUCUGAUCGAUCAGGUGUAAAUGUAUAUUGGCGCACAUCUACGCGGAACCCCCCCCUCCGCAUGAGCGAUGAAGAAUACACGAUAAAUUCGGACGACUACACGGAGAAGGCCUGGGAAGCCAUAACCACAUUGAACAAAAUAGGAGAGAAGUAUGAGUCAGCUUAUGUAGAAGCGGAGAUGCUUCUCCUGGCGUUGCUGAAUGACGGACCAGAAGGUCUAGCACAGAGAAUCCUAAAGGAGAGUGGUAUCGACACAGAGCUACUCAUCCAAGAAAUAGACGAAUACUUAAAGAAGCAGCCCAAAAUGCCCAGCGGAUUCGGAGAACAGAAAAUACUAGGAAGAACCUUACAAGCAGUGUUAGGAACAAGCAAAAGGUUGAAAAAGGAAUUCCACGAUGAGUAUAUAUCGAUAGAGCAUCUCCUCCUCGGGAUCAUCGCAGAGGAUUCCAAAUUCACUCGUCCAUGGUUGCUGAAAUACAAUGUGAAUUACGAAAAAGUGAAAAAAGCAACAGAGAGAGUUCGUGGGAAGAAAAAGGUAACUUCUAAAACGCCGGAAAUGACUUACCAAGCGUUGGAAAAGUACAGUCGUGAUUUGACUGCUUUGGCUAGAGCAGGGAAAUUAGAUCCCGUUAUUGGAAGAGAUACAGAAAUAAGGAGAGCCAUUCAAAUUCUUUCCAGACGGACAAAGAACAACCCCAUCCUUUUAGGAGACCCAGGGGUUGGCAAAACUGCAAUCGUCGAAGGGUUAGCCAUAAAAAUUGUUCAAGGAGAUGUUCCGGAUUCUUUGAAGGGGCGCAAAUUAGUAUCCCUAGAUUUGUCUUCUCUAAUCGCUGGAGCGAAGUACAGAGGUGACUUUGAAGAGAGACUGAAAGCUAUAUUGAAAGAAGUACAAGACGCUGAAGGACAGGUCGUUAUGUUUAUUGACGAAAUACACACGGUCGUCGGGGCAGGGGCAGUGGCGGAAGGAGCUCUUGACGCAGGGAACAUACUGAAGCCCAUGCUUGCCAGAGGAGAGUUAAGAUGCAUUGGUGCAACGACAGUGAGUGAAUACAGACAGUUUAUAGAAAAGGAUAAAGCUUUGGAGAGGAGGUUCCAGCAAAUCUUAGUAGAACAACCGAGUGUGGAUGAAGCCAUUAGCAUUUUAAGGGGACUAAAGGAAAGGUAUGAGGUGCACCAUGGGGUCCGUAUUUUAGACUCAGCGCUGAUCCAAGCAGCUGUUCUGUCUGAUCGAUAUAUCAGCUAUAGGUUCCUUCCCGAUAAGGCCAUCGACCUGAUCGACGAGGCGGCGUCGAAUUUAAAAAUCCAACUGUCCAGCAAGCCAAUCCAACUGGAUAACAUUGAAAAGCAGCUCGUUCAGCUGGAAAUGGAAAAAAUUUCCAUCCUGGGGGAUAGCCCAAGGGGGGGCAGCACCAGCGUCAGUAGCAGUGGUAGACAUGGUGGCCCCGCCCAAGGGGAAGAAGCCCCCGUUGAUUAUUCACAGAGCCCCAAUUUUUUGAAAAAAAAAAUUAACGAGAAGGAGAUCAACCGACUGAAGAUGAUAGACCACAUAAUGAGUCAACUAAGGAAGGAACAGAAAAGCAUCCUAGAAUCAUGGUCGACUGAAAAAAGUUACGUCGAUAACAUCCGUGCCAUUAAGGAAAGAAUAGACGUUGUAAAAAUAGAAAUAGAAAAAGCCGAGAGGUACUUUGACCUGAACAGAGCAGCUGAGUUGAGAUUUGAAACGUUGCCAGAUUUAGAGAAGCAGCUGAAAAAGGCAGAAGAUAACUACUUAAAUGACAUUCCAGAAAGGAGUAGAAUGUUGAAAGAUGAAGUGACCAGCGAAGAUAUCAUGCACAUUAUUAGCCUAUCCACUGGAAUACGAUUGAAUAAGUUGCAAAAGUCGGAAAAGGAGAAAAUUCUAAACCUGGAAAAUGAACUACAUAAACAGAUCAUCGGGCAGGAUGACGCCGUAAGGAUUGUUUCUAAAGCGGUACAAAGGUCUAGAGUAGGGAUGAAUGAUCCGAAAAGACCUAUUGCCUCGUUGAUGUUUCUUGGCCCUACCGGAGUUGGAAAGACAGAACUAUCCAAGGUACUGGCAGAUGUACUGUUCGACACACCAGAUGCAGUGAUCCACUUUGAUAUGUCCGAAUACAUGGAAAAGCACUCCAUUAGUAAACUGAUUGGAGCUGCGCCUGGAUAUGUUGGCUACGAACAAGGAGGUCUCCUAACAGACGCAGUGAGGAAGAAACCCUACUCCAUUAUCCUAUUCGAUGAAAUAGAAAAGGCACACCCGGAUGUAUACAAUUUGCUAUUACGUGUGAUUGAGGAAGGGAAGUUAACAGACACUAAAGGGAACCUUGCAAAUUUUAGAAACACAAUCAUCAUUUUUACGUCCAACCUAGGUAGCCAAAGCAUCCUUGAUCUAGCCAACGAUCCAAACAAAAAGGAGAAAAUAAAAGAACAGGUCAUGAAAUCCGUACGGGAAACUUUCCGACCUGAAUUCUACAACCGUAUCGAUGACCACGUUAUCUUCGAUAGUUUGUCCAAAAAGGAACUCAAGCAAAUUGCAAACAUUGAAAUAGAAAAAGUCGCUAAUAGACUUAUCGACAAAAAUUUUAAAAUAUCCAUUGAUGACGCCGUUUUUUCCUACAUUGUUGAUAAGGCAUAUGACCCUGCCUUUGGCGCCAGACCGUUGAAAAGAGUGAUCCAGUCGGAAAUCGAGACAGAAAUUGCCGUCCGAAUUUUGAACGAGACCUUCGUCGAGAAUGAUACGAUCCGCGUGUCCCUCAAGGAUGGUGCGCUGCACUUUUCAAAGAGUAACUAA